GCGAGGCAUUGAUAAAUUCGUCGUUGGUUGGGGGGAUCGAUGGUAAUUUCUUCGAAGACUCAACAAUGACUCGGUGAUGCUCGAGCAACGAGACAACAGAUCUGUUUACGCGUGUUUGCUCAAAUUUUAGUGGCACGAUUUGUAAAUAUUAUUGUAUUAAUACGUAAUACAGAAUACAGAAUGAUCAAUCGUUCGCUACAUUUCAACUAAGAAAGAUGGAACCCAGUGCUGUAUUUGACUGUGUCGUCAGAGUUAAAGAAGAACCUUCUGAAGUGACGUUUACUGAAUAUAAAGAUGAAUUUAUCGACGAGCCAACUGAUUUCAAAAACGUCCAACUCUUGCUAUUUCCACAAGAUGAUUCGUGUUUCAAGCUUCAAAAAUACGACGGCAAUCAUGAAUCUCAAGUUGACGAUAUAAAAAUCGAGUUCGAAUGUAAAGACGAGAUGCCCAGCAUGAACUCAUUACUCAACCACUCGCAGGACGUGAAAUAUGGCGAUAAUUAUAAUACUAAUCAUGUAAUCAAAAUGGAAACUGUCGGCCAAGUGAAAACAGAACUAAUUGGUGACCAUGAAGAAAAUUCGAAAUUGAAUUUCAACCGUGAACUUAAGAAAGUAAAUGAAAAAAGAAGAAAUUCAAGAAAGUCUGAUCGACAACAUAGACCCAAAUCACCGAGUGAUACAGCAGUGCAUAAUGGUAUUGUCCACGCUUGUGUAAAGUCCACAUCGAAGCAGUGCAUAGUAAAAUCACUUUUGAAUGUGAUAAAUGCGAAAAGACAUUCGCCUGUAAAAAGUAUCUCGGAGCUCACAUGGUUGUGAUGCAUAGUGGAAUCAAAUUUUCAUGUGAUACUUGCGGAAAGGAAUACUCUACGAAGCGUCCGCUCAGAAGACACAUCGAUACGACGCACAAUGGUAUCACUCACGUAUGUAAUCAAUGUGAAAAAACAUUUAAACGACGAGAUUAUCUCAAAGAACACAUUCGUUCGAUACAUAAUGAUAUCAAACACACAUGCGAUGCAUGCGGAAAAAAAUUUA